AUGGCGCUGCAUAUUUAUAUCGCUCAUUCCGGAGAGCACUUGCUGGCGGACCCAGUGGUGUUUGCCUCACCGGAGUCCCUUCGAACGUGGAUCGUUCGACAUACCUCUAUCCCAUCCUCGCGGCAAAUACUAAUGACUGCGCGAGGCAGGAAUGUCAAGACUCAAACAUUAGCCACAGAGUCCGAGAUCUUCGUCUACGAUCGCCAGUACGUCAGCGAACCAGCCGAUUUCGAGCUCCCUGAUCUUCCAUCUCCGGAUACCUUUAAACCACAAAGUCCACCCGCUUCGUUGGCGGAUCAGAAUGACUUGCAGUCAUGGCGGACUCUGUUUCAGACAAGGCGGGACUGGGCCCAAGGCCUGGCAUCUCAAUGUGAAUCCACGGACGGAAGGAUCAAGGAGCAUCGCGAACGGACCGAUGUCAUCACUCGUGCUGUAGGCGUUGCGCUCGAGAACCUCAAGUCGCACGUGGGAAGCCUUGAGCAUCGAUUUCAGGAAGCACAGACAUGGGCGAACAAUCUUCUGGAGGAGCAACAGGCUGCGUUGGAUGAUUGGCAGCGUGCUCUCAGGUCACUCGAGAAUAUUGUGGCACGCAAAGACCUUCCAAUGCUUGGGCGACCGUCCACGCCCAAGAAAAAUGCAAGCAAGUCAACUGGAACACUACGAGACUUUGUGGACGUCAAUGAGGUCUAUCGCGCAGGUGCAGAUGCGUCAAACCUGUGUCCGCGGCUUGCUGCUCAGGUUCGAGCGCUCGAAGAGGCUGUUGGUAACAUUGCUUCAGAUACGCAGGACUUGGUGGAUCAGACAUUCGCCAACUCAGCAGAUAGGGAUGAUGGGCUUUUGGAAGAGGUAGAGACUCUCGCAAAGAAGAUUGAGUCCGACUAUGAACACGUACUUGGCUUGCAAAACAAUCCCAAGACGCUGGCAAAUGUUUCCAGACUUGCUUUCAAUCACACUCAGAAUUUAUUGCCAUCCUUACUAGAACUCAGCAGCGAUAUCCAUCGUGGCCUGGAGCUGGCACUUCGCCAGCGAAGCGACGCUGAGAAAGUUGCUCUGCGCCAGAUGCGGACAAUCUCAUCCAUCGAGUCUCGUCUGGCAGAUGCUCAUGCUCAACUUGCUGAUCUGGGCUUCGACACUAAGUCCUUUGACACUCUCUACGCUGUGUUUCAGAUGCCGGUCGUUUAUGGAUCUGUACUCAUUGAAGCUAUCCGGAGGCGCGAGUGGAAUGAGAAGGUACGAGCCGACUCAGAAAGCCUGGCAGAAGAGAUGAGCGUUCUAAGGGACGAGGAACAUCGGCGUCGGAAAAAGUGGGUGAAGAGCAUGGGUGACUUCAUUUCCUUGGACGACACCACAACGCCAGCAAUGGAAAUCAGCCUUCAAAGGCAGGAUUCUGAGUGGCCAGAAGUUACUCGAGCGGAAGUCGAGACGUAUAUCGAGGAUUUGAGGAACAAGCACUCCCUUGCAGAGAUUGCUGACGAGCUGGUCAACCAGUUGAAGGACUUGGACGUGCCAACGCGCCAGCAAAGGCGGCGGACGAAGGCCUUCAAGAACGGUAGUGUCUUUGACCUUGGCCGAAGCUCAAUGCUCUUGCGAGGCGAUGAGAUGGUUCGCAGUCUACAAGACGAGAAAACCAAGCUGGAAGAAAGACUGAGAGGAUCCGACAGUCGUAUUCGAAAAUUGGAAGACCUUCUUCAUCGCCAAAGCCACUUGAGUCGGCCCUCCAGCGGAAACUUUGGCAACGACUUUCCCGUUUCACCUGCAUCUCCUCACCCUGACGCUCUUUCCCGUCGUUCUUCCGUCUCAUCGAGGCGAGUCUCUAUGACCCAGUCUCCCGAAGAUAGAGCACUGGUUCAGCGCAUUGUCACUUUAGAAGCUGAGCUCAGCUCAGAGAGAGAAACGGUCCAAAGGCUCCACAAAGAGGCUCAUGCUGAGAGACAGUCAAGUUCUGAUAAGUACCAAGAAGCUCAAUCCACGAAGCAAGAUCUCAUUGGAAACCUUGAAGCGCGGCAACGCGAAUUUGAAGACGAGCGAAGGUACCUCGACGCAGAAUUGAAGAAAUACAGACUUCGUGCUGAAGAGGUGGAAGAGGAGCUUGACCGGCUCGUUGAUAGCCGAGACCAAGAAAGACAAGAGAUGGAAGAACGAGUCCAGCAACUGGAGACCGAGCUGCGGGCAGCUCGUACCCAGAACGCCGAGGUUGACCGUAGAGCCGAAGACCUCAGCAAGCAAGUUAUCUCUUUAGAGCGGAAGGAAGCCGAACUUCAUGCCGAUUUUGACCGGUUUGAGGCUCAGCGCGCCGAGUUGAGUGAGAAAGAAAGGGAAUACUGGAGUGCCCUCCAAGCGGCAUUCUGGAUCCUGUCACCGGGAGGAAAGGCACCGACUGAAUUGCCUGACAUGAUCAAAGCUAUCGAGGUUCUAGCCGAGGGGUUGUCAAUUCAUGCUAGAAAUGCCGAGGGCAACGCGUCGAAAUUGACGGAGGAGAAUAAGGAAUUUGAGGAAAAGAUCUCACAACUUACCUACGAACUUGAAGGGAGACUCAAGGUUGCCGAAGACCGAGAGGCCGAACUCAACAGGUUGACGCACCAAAUAAAGGAACAGGCAUCGAAUCUCGACUUUUUCAAAUCUGAACUGGACCAGGAGCGCUCCAGGUUCAACAUGUUGCAGUCCCAGGUUUCCGCCGGCGAGAAUGGAUCUGAUGCCUUGCGUGAGCAAAUUGCCGAGGGUGAACGUCUCUGCGCGGACUUGACGCGCAAACUAGUCGACGCUGAAUCUUAUGCUCAAGAGUUCGAGUCGAAAGAAAAGGACUGGGAAGCUAGACUCGAUGGAGCACUGCAGACGAAUCAAAAUGUCACAUCACGGCUGGAUGCUCGGGGCACUCAAUCCCAUGAAAUAUCCAAAGAGAUCUACUCACAGGUUGAGAAAUUGGAGCGCAUGCUUGAGCAGCUUGGCUUUGCAAUCAUUCAACAGGACGGUCGCUUGGUGGUUCAGCGUGCAUCAAAGCUCAGUACGUCCUCGACUCUUAGUGAAAGCAUUGCUCAGUCAGGUAUCGUUACGGCGAGGCCAGACUCAAGUUUGCUACAUUGGAUGCACGCAGACAACAUUGAAGACGAGCACGCUCGUUUCACUGCGUUCAUGAAUAGUCUGAAGCAAUUCGACGUCGCCGUCUUUGGGGAUGUAGUUGUCAAACGAGUCAAAGACAUUGAGACGUUGGCACGCAAAUGGCAGAAAGAAGCCAAGGGCUAUCGUGAGAAGUACCAUCGAGUGCAAAGCGAAGCGCACGACAAAAUCGCAUACAGAUCAUUUAAAGAGGGCGAUCUCGCUCUUUUCCUACCCACCCGUAACCAGGCUAUCCGUUCAUGGGCUGCUUUCAAUGUCGGGGCGCCACACUACUUCCUUCGCGAACAGGACUCUCACAAGUUACAGACGCGAGACUGGCUACUCGCUCGCAUCAGCAAGAUAGAGGAACGGGUAGUCGAUCUAUCCAAGUCACUUAGCAGCGUGACUCCCGAUCGGCGGUCACUCGGCGACGCAAGCGACGGUGCCUCAGCUGACGAGAAUCCAUUUGAAUUAUCUGACGGCCUUCGUUGGUAUCUGCUCGAUGCCAUGGAAGAGAAGCCAGGCGCGCCAGCGACACCAGGCAUCGCCAAAAGCACUGUUGCAGCCGCCAACGUCGAUGCCAAGGGCAGCAUCCGUCUCAAGAGGACUACUGAAGAAAGCACGGUUGCGCAAACCCUGUCCAAGAGCCUCGAGAGUCGUCGCAAUAGUUCGAAUUCUAAGCGAGGCUCUGCUACACCAUCUCAGGCAGCGAAUGACUCGAGUUCUAAUCUCGUGCGCUCCGCGGAAGCAGAGCCUAGCGUCCAGCCUCGUGAUUCAGCAAGGGCAUCCGACGAGGUGCGCCGCGAUCUACUCUUUGGCCCGUGA